AUGCCCAGCGAUCAGUUGAAUACGGUUCUCAACGUAAAUGUUAAGGCGGCAAGUUCGGAGUUAAAAAGGAUGCAUCAAGAGUACACGAAGUUGAUACAAUUAUCUAAAAAUGAUACACAAACCUUGUUGAAUGACGAUUUGACGGUUAUGAUGGGCACAUUGAACUUUAUAUUGGAAUUCUCUCGGAAAUCGUCUAACUUGUCGGAAAUUUCCAGUAUCUCAACAAAAAAGUUUAGUCUAUUCAAAAAUAUAAGCUGUUCAAGUCAAAAUGCGCGCAGUUGGACCAGUUGUAUGAUUUCGUUGCUGCUUUUGACCAGUACCAACAAAGUGAUCCUGCAAGUGUUGCUGAAGUUAUCAAUAAUUUUAAUAGAUAUCAGUGAACAAUAAGCAAAUGCAUUGAUGGCUUGACACAGUUGAAUAGCGACAUUGAUGAAUUGCCCAAUUGGAAGGAUUUAGAAGUGUACCAACAAUUGUUGGAUGGGAAGCAGAAUAUAGUUUCGUUUGAAUCAUACCGAGAAUCCCUGUCAUCGAUGAAUGGAACACUUUCACAAGUUCUAUCAGCUUUUCAAACGGCAAAACCUGUUUGGAAUAGCCUAAGCUCUCUCGGUCAGAGUAAGAUUUCAGAAACCAUAACUCAGCUCAAUAAAUCUAUCGUGGGAGCAGGAGCUCAUUACAUUUCACCAGUCAAGCAAGAUUUGAAAUACACUGCUGGUUUCAAGAACUCUGCAGAUUUUUCGAAGAUUGCUGGCGAUUUGAAAAAUGAUUGGUUCAACAAACAUGUUGCGAAAGGUUCAAGCACAAAUGCACUGAGCAAUGCUCUCAAAAUAUUUGAAACAAUUUCUGGACAAAUUGUUGCUUUGGAUUCGUCUUGGAAAAACUUAAUGCAUGUAAUCAAAGGAUUUGCAAAUUCAUCUGUUGUAGGCAUGGCUAACAAUGCUGCAGAUGUUGCGACAAUCGGAUUAAACUUCUCGAAUCUUGAGACAGUUAUUCUGGACUCGGGAAAACAUAUCAACAUUUGCAUUAAAGAUACGCUGUCUGCAAGAACAAACCUAAAAUCAUUUGAUACAAGAAUUCUGGUCUACGAAGAAUAUAUGCUAAGUGCAGAUCAUAUCAUGAGAAUACUUUCAACCAUCAAGGAUACUAUUGCAGCGCUGAACAACACCAUGAAUUUCAUGGUUUUUCCGGAUAUACCGGCUCGAGAUGUUUUCCGUGACAACAGUCGCAAAGUUUAUUGGACACUUGAUAAGCUUAAAGUCAAUGCAUCAAAUGCUAUAACAGUGAAAAAUACACUGGAAAGGUAUUUCAAAGAAAUGACUUACAACUCCUACAAUUACUUUGGCACGAUCAAAAGUAUUGCGACAAUUGCGUCGGAACUUAAAUUCGUUAAAGGAAUUGCUGAAGGUAUUAAUGACAGCGAUGGACCAAAACUGGGUGGCCUUAUAUCGGAACUCGAUCUGGUGAAAACUUCACAAUGUUUCAGCCAGCAUUAUGAGACCAUACGAGAACUGAUGUCGAUAGUUAAUAAGCUAAUCAGUCUACGGCAACUUCAUGACGGAAAAAUUUCAUCGAUGAUACUUGAGUACCUGAAUCUACGGGGAAAGGUGCAAAGUAAUCUAACUCUCGUGGAAAAGGAAAUCAAAUCGAGCUCUUCUCACGUAAAUUCCACCAAUAAUCCAGUUCUUUUGUUGAAAACUCCUCAAGCUCUGAUUAAAAACAUUGGCACGAGCACCCGCGUACUGGAAGAUCUUGAGAAUGUACGACAGCAACGUCAGUUUCUUUUUUCGGUUCGAAACUUCACUGCUGAUGUGAAGAAAGUGAUUGUUGGAGAGAAUUUGAUAGAUUGGUUUGACCCGGAAAAUAAAUUGAAAGAGUUGCUGAAAGAAGCGGAUCAACUGAACAAGUUUGCUAGAAAAUUGAGAAAUGAAAGUUUAACGGAGAUGUCACAUGUGUUUGACGAAGCAGCGAAAAUAGAAGGAAUAAGUGGGGACUCACAGUCAUUAAACACUUUGUCAAUUAAACUUCAAAAAUCAAGAAGCACUGAACAGAUGGCUGCUUCAAAAGUAUUCCAGAAAAUUCGAGAGUUCAACUUGGAUUUCGCAAAACAUGAAGCCGCUUUGAAGAGUGCAAGUGUCACAGUUAAUUCAUUGGUUGCAUAUUACGAUGAAAUAUUUGGAAAUUCUAAAUCCAAAAUUCUAACAAUCGAGAAACACAUCGAUAUCUCAUUUCCUUGGAUCUAUAUUCUCUUGAUUUGCAUUGGGUCGAUUUUAUUGAUUGGAUUGUUUUGUGUUGUUGCAUAUGGAUUUACGAAAAACGGAAGAGCCAAGUACAUGAAUCUAUACUUAUACUAUUUCGGAAAGCCGCUGGAUUAUGAAAGAAGAUGGAGAUAUUCGUUGUUCCUUGACAAUCAGGAUGGAAAGAACACUUUGUUGGAUGCAGUUCGGGAGAUUAACAAGACCCAUGUUAUGAAAGCUGCCAAGAUGGGAGCCUACAUAAAUGCUUAUAACAAGUUUGGAAACACAGCUUUGCAUGUUGCCACGAAAUCAGCUUUACCUGAAAUUGUUAAAAUUCUAAUCGAGCAUGGAGCUGAUCUAACAUUGCUCAACACAUUGAACAAAACACCAGAACAGAUGAUUCCUCUUGCUACUCCAGACCAUUCAAAGGAUAUGGUUGAAAAGCUCGAGAAGAUCCGAGUGAUGUACAAGAAGGCAAAUGGAAAGAAGUACAGAAUGAGUGUUCCGCAAAAGUUUCCAGCAACUUCAUUUCACAUUUGGAUGGACGAAAGAGAAAUACAUCCGAUGAAGCAGGACUGAACACAACCCAUGUUAUUGUGAAGACGGAUGAGAAUGGCGUUCUGGCAACUGACAGCCUUGAUCUACUUUUCUGGGUGUUCAAUGGAGCAAUAAUUGUCAAAGAACAAUGGAUGAUUGAUUGUCUGAACGAGGAGAAGCUUAUUGAGCAAGAUUCAAAGUAUUUGGUCGAUAGUGUCAAAUACAAGGGAUCCACUUUCAAGACUGUUCUUCAGUGGAGUGAAGCUAUGGCAAAAGGAGCUAUUCCAUAUCUGUACGGGGUAUAUGCAGCAAUUGUCAUGACGGAAUGCAAGAAUUUGGUAACAUUGAAUACCCUUGUCGCAGCCCAUGGUGGAUUUAUGAUGAAAACCUUCCCAGGAAAGGAUGCCUUCAACGUUGGCUCACGUCCAUAUAAUCAUGCAAAUCUUGGACCACUGUUUUUGAUUCACGAUGGAACGAUCAACUUGAAAGCCUAUACUGCUGAUCCAGACAAGAUGUGCACGCUGUUCACGGAAGAAGAGUUUAUCAAAUUCAUGCUCCAAAGAAAUAUUAUCAAAGAUACUCGUGAAACAUCGAUUACAGUUUUGAAAGAUCAUGAAUAAAG